AUGGACACAUAUCUCAAAUAUCUGUCUGAGACCGUUCUCGCGGAGGAAAAGGUGGUCGAUUAUGUUCUGUUGAGCCAGACUCUCCAAGUGCCGGUCAACAUUGCCAAGCAGAUGCUCUAUGAGUUUCACCGGACUCAAAAUGCGAAGCGCCCUGGAAGUGUACAUGCCACUUAUCUCAUCUAUGGAGUGAAGUACAACACCAAUUCUGAGAAUGGAGGAGACGAGGACAUGCCCGAUGCGGACUCGGUGACCGACGUUGUUCCUGUCUACCAUCUUCACCUGGUCACAGAGGAGAAGCUCAGAGAUGUUCUGGCGGAAUAUGAAGAGGUUGCGACAAUUCACGUCUACAGCGUCUCUCCACAACCCGUCAAGGACAUGGCCUUGCUGGCAGAUCUCGCGCAAGAGGUCCGCAAAAGUGACAAACAGGUCCCAGUCAGCAUAACCAACCCCAAUGUGCGCACUCGGGAGCGAAAGGGCCUUGGUCCCAAAGCCGCCACUGCUGCCACGGCUGCUGUCAAGCAACAACCAAAAGCCACUUCAACGGUCAAGGAGGAACCCAAGGUCGCUGUGGAAACCAAGCCAGCUGAGCAAACCAAGCCAGCUGUAAAGACCGAGAAACCUGCAAAGGCCGCAACUUCAGCCCCGGCCAAGAAGCCAGCACCUGCCAGGAGCUCUGGUAUCAUGGCUGCCUUUUCCAAGGCGACAGCACUGCCCAAGAAAGAAAAAUCAUCAAAGCCGGCGUCACCAGCUGUCACGGAGACGAACACGCCGGCACUGUCUGACGAAGAUGACGACGAAGAGGAGAUGCCCCAGCCAAAGGCUCGUCCCAAGCCCGGAUCCAAGACCAAGAAACAGAGGGAGGAGGAUUUGCGGCGCAUGAUGGAAGAGGACGAUAACGAGGAGGCGCCGGCUUCAGAGAGAGCUGAGUCUCCCGAAGAGCCUGAGCCUGAGCCGAUGGAAGCAGAGGAAGAGGCGCCAGAACCUGUCGAGGAAGAGAAGGAGGUUGUUGAAACAACGAGCAACGGGCGCCGGCGUGGUAGGAGAAGAGUGAUGCGAAAGAAGCAGAUUAUGGAUGAGCAAGGAUACCUUGGUAAGUCCCUACGAUCAGUUCUCAACUAUCACGAGACUAACAAUCUGCCCAGUUACCAUCCAAGAACCUGGGUGGGAGUCUUUCUCGGAAGAUGA